GGGUACUGCGGGUCUCUCGCGCCAUUUGAUGUCUUACAAAGGCAUUAGUGAGCAGGAAAGAUGAACCAUAAAGAGGUGAAGGUGUGGAGGAUCUUCAGCAUCGCAUCCAUACUCGUCGACGCGAUUGAACGUUCUACCGCCUAACAUGCCUCGUAUUGCUACUGUUUUCGGCGCCACUGGCACUCAAGGCUCUGCCGUUGUCGACCACUUGCUCAAGGAUGGCACAUUCGUUCCGCGAGCCGUCACACGCGACCCGAAUUCCGCGGCGUCUCGCGCGCUUGCUGCACGCGGCGCAGAGGUCGUCGCAGCGGACCUUGGCGACAAGGAGUCGGUCAAAAAGGCGCUUAAGGGCGCUGAGGUCGCGUUCGGUGUCACCGUGCCAUUCACGUCGCUCCCCGAGAUCACUCAGGGAAGGAACAUGAUUGACGCUGCCAAGGAGGAGGGCAUCAAGUACUUUGUGUUUAGCUCUCUUGCCAGCGUGGCCGAGAUAUCCAAGGGCAAAUACACGCGGGCUGCUCACUUCGAAGACAAGGUCGUCAUCUCCAAGUACCUCCAGGAGUCCGGCCUCCCAAACUCACGCGUCAUCGUGGGCUACUUCCUCGAGAACUUUAUCAAGCUGUGGGGCAUCAAAAAGACCGCAGAGGGAUUUGCUAUCAACAUGCCUUUCGACCUCGAAAGUCGCUUUGGCUACAGCUGGGUCGGCCACGAUCUUGGUCCAGUCGUCACUGGGCUUUUCAAGAUAUACCCCGAGAAGCUAGCCGAGAUCAACAAUAUCGACUUCGAUGUUGACCACGACAGAGCGAGCUUGAAAGAGAUGAUCAACGAGAUUAGCAAAGAGCUCGGCAAGCCCAUUGCCAUCGAAGCUGCAUCUCUGAAUGGGUUCGCCCCAUUGGAAGACAUGCGCGGGUUUGGCGCCGAAUUCGACUUGGUUGGCGGUCGCCCAAUUCCCGAUCCCAAGCUGGAGGCGCUCGGCAUCAAGCAGGAGGGGACCAUCCAGGGCUUCGUGCGCGAGGUUUUGAAGCCCAUCUUGGACAAGCAGUAGCUGUAUAAAUAUCCAUGUAGUCGGAACUUGUGUAAGCACAAUAAUUUGGACUUCUAAAUCCUCAGAAGGGACUAGCACAUCCGCGCGA